AUGCGGAGAAAUGAGAUGCGGAGUUUCCAUUUUGCAAGAUUAAAAAUGUCCUAUCAGGGAGAUGAGUUGCAGCUCAGUGGCAAGGCUACGUGGAGGCGGUGUGGCCGGCUAACCCGCAGCCAGCGGCUCCUGUGUGAGGGGCUGGCGGGGGCAGUCAGCCUCAGCCUCACCACGUCCCUGGAGCUCGCUACCGUGCUGUCUCAGUUCGACCUGGCGAGAGGCCAUUCCCGGGAUGGGGGUGGGGGGGCACCGGAUGUCUCCUGUGGCUUGCCGAGGGGACUAGGGCUCAGUGUUAAGGCGUGCCUGUGCCUCUUCCCCUUUAGCAUGGUGCAGCUUGUAUCAUGAGCUUUCUCUGCUUCUCUCCCAAGGGUUGCUAUGCUGUUCAUGGAUGACCUGAGCUGUAAUUCUCAAUGGAGCUCCAUUGUUGCUCAGAGUCUUGCAGGCAUGGUUUCCACAACUGUCCCAUACCCUGCAGACCUCAUCAAAACCCAGUUAAUUGUGCAGAAUAUUCUGGAACCAUCAUACAGGGGGCUUACCCAGGCUUUUUCUACUCUUUAUCAACAAGAAGGGCUCCUGGCCCUUUAUUGAGGGGUGUCCCUCACUGUUUUAGGUGCCUUUCCCUUCUCUGCAGGCUCCCUUCCAGUUUACAUGAACCUGGAGAAAAUCUGGAAUGGACCCUGGGAGCGCUUCUUUCACCUGGAGAACUUGGCCAUUGCCUGUGUGGCUGCUGCUGUGAGCCACACUCUUUCCUUUCUUUUUGACACUGUGAAGAGAAAGAUGCAGGCUCAAUGUCCUUAUCUUCCCCACUGUGGAGGAGUAGACACCUACUUCUCAAGAGCAGCUGACUGUUUCUGGCAGAUAGUGAGGACCAAAGGGGUACUGGGGCUCUGGAGUAAACUGACUGCUAACUUACUAAAGGUAGUUCCAUAUUUUGGAGUUAUGUUUAGCAUGUUUGAGUUCUGUAAGAGAAUUUUUCUUUCAAAUGGCUAUAUCCUGUCCCCACUAACCUAUAAACUGACCCCAGGGGUGGACCGAAAUCUGAAGCCUUAGGAGUCACGGGAAUUAAAGGCGUUCUUCUAACCCAGAAAACUAGAAUCUAAAAAAACAACUCUGUAA